UGUGUAUGUGGUGUGUGUGUAUGUGUGUGUGGUGUGUGUGUAUGUGGGCCAGUGGUCUGCCCUAGCAUGUUGUUGGCAUGCCGGGCUGGAGAUUACCUGUCUGCACCAUCUGUGUGGCCGUGUCCUGUUUGGAUCCGGGCCAGGACAUGUGGGGUAAUCCAGUUACAGGAUUAGGAGGGGUGAACAGACACCCGCGGCAAACCCUUCACACAGGGAGUGUGCUAAACCGGUAGCAUCCACCCGCACACCACUCAGCACUCAGCUUUGUCUUUAUAGUAUGUUCCGUGGCGACGUGGGUCACUAUGGAGACCGGGCUGUAGCUACACGAUGAGACGUCUUUACUGGAACCCUUAAAAAUAAACCCUGGAUUCUGUCUGCUUGCGCGUUCGGAGUGGAGGAUCGCUGGUGUCAGGCACUGCCAGCCUGGAGUCUCUCAUCACACAGCUGAGUUGGAACUCUGAGGAAGGAGGAGGGAGAGGAGGAGGAGGAAGAGGAGACACGGAUAGGGCACCACUGGGUGGCUCAGCAGCAGCAUGGCGCAGGUGCCCUGCCUGCCUGCAGACCCGGCUCUUGGGUGCUGGCACAGGAAGUACUACGAGGAUGAGGACGAGCUGCUUCCUCUGUACGUGCGCAACUUGAAGCCCAAGACCGAGGGCAGCCUCCGCCGCCGUCUGCUCUCCGCAAAGAUCCACCAGAAACAGGACACCUUGUGGACCCCCAAACCGCUGGCUGCACACCCCCUGCCCCGCCCGCACGGCCUUCCGCCGAGCGCUGUGCCCAACCCCCCCUCUCGGCCCAGCUGCACCCCCACGCACGCCUUUCAGGACACCACAGGCAUUUGGUUUAUGAAGAAACGCAGGUUGCCAAACCUGGAGAACAGCAGUGGGACCCAGACCUGUAAUCUGCUGAAAGGAGCACAGUGUCCAUAUGGUGCUCAAAUUAAACAGAUAAUUCAGACUAAAAACGGGCUGACUCACUCUCAACAGAACAAUGGUAUUCAUCACUACCACCCUCAAAUCUGUCAUGAAAUACCUGAAGAAGAAGAGGGAGAUCUAAAACCCAUCUCACAGCUCCCUGCUUUUCAUCUUCACAAAGGAGCUGUGUCUAACCUGGAUGAGGAGCGCAGAUGGACUGUGCACUACAGCGCCCCCUGGCUGCAACAGGAGAAUGUGCUCCAGAACGGCACCCAGCCCACCUGCGUGGAGGACCUGCGUGGCCAGGCCAAGGUCCACCUGAAGCCCGUUCUCUCAGAAUGUGACCAGCUAAACUGGGAUAGGUUCCACAGCUCAUGGUACUGCCCCCCAGACUCCACCCUUUCCACUGCCGACCUCUUACACAGCACCUCACAAAGAGACCAUGUGGAAGACAAGAAGCCCACAGGGUCCUCCACAGAGGAGCCUCCGGAGUUCUCCCCCAGACCACGGACACCACUGAAUGGAGACAGCGAUGAUCCCAUCUGGACAGACUGGAGCCAAACCCUGCCACUGCCCACUCCCGAGGAGAGGAUGAGACAGCAAGCACAAACUGUUCCCGCCCACAUCGUCCCCAUCAACAUCACAGGGGAGACGUUUGACCGGCAGGCCAGCAUUCGACACUCCUUGGUUACCACGGAUACUGUGGGGAGUCGCCCAAAAGACAGGCGGAGGCUAGUGAUACCUGUCCCACAGGACAUCCCAGAGGAAGCAGUGAAGACAGGGCAGAGUGACCUCCCUGGACACUCAGCGUCCAGCUGCAGUGUGACCUCACCAACAUGUCACCCACAAACCAGUGACUCCAGCUGCUGCAGCGUGUCCUCACCAACAUGUCACCCACAAACCCGCGACUCCAGCUGCCAGACGGAGGAGGAAAGUAUGGAUGAAGCGGAGGAGAGGAUAGCGGCUCCACCUCUGCGUGGAAUACGAGCUCAGAGAGCGCAGGGCAUCUCAGCACAGCUGUCCAACAUGUCUGCCUCCUGGUCUGGCAACAUCUCCACCAGCACAGAACACAGUGCUGAGCCACAUUUCCACAGCCUGCCUCGCCUCUCUGCCUGCCACACAAGCGCCAUCCACUGCCUGGAGGACCUCCCUGCUGGCAUGUUCCGUGGCCAGAGCCAGCUGGCUGGGAAUGGGCGGGGCUGUCCUAAUGCCCCACCUUCUGCCCCGCCCAUCCCAAACCCCCUGCCCCCCGAGUCCCAGCCCACACCCCCUUACCCGACAGACGAAGCUCUGAUCACCCCUCCACCCUACCACAGCCCCUGCCAGGUGGGAAUCACCCGCAGUGAGUCCAGCCAAUCGGACGCCAGCAGCAUCGUGACUGCAGACCAGUGGGAGUAUGACGGCCUACCCAGCAGCCCCCUCUCAUCCCGCUGCUCCAGUCCUGUGCAGCCGGCGGACUCUCGCUCGCUGUGCUCGAUGGGCAGCGAUGGUGGCUCCGCCCCCGUGGGGCUGCGGUCGCUCAGCUACAGCAGCAUUGCAAGCGACCCGCUGAAGCGUAGCGUGUACCAGUGUCGCCAGCACCGCAGCUAUGGCGACUGCAGCCAUGGCGACCGCGCCAGCCUGUACAGCAACCGCUCCCUGCGGCGCAGCAUCUCCCUGCGCAAGGCCAAGAAGCCGCCGCCUCCACCGGCCCGCUCCGACUCCCUGUGCAGACCCCCGCCCACCGCCAUGCCCAUCACCGACUCCCUGUGCAGACCCCCGCCCACUGCCAUGCCCAUCACCGACUCCCUGUGCAGACCCAUGCCCACUGCCACGCCCAUCACCGAUUCCCUGUGCAGACCCCCGCCCACCGCCAUGCCCAUCACCGAUUCCCUGUGCAGACCCAUGCCCACUGCCAUGCCCAUCACCGACUCCCUGUGCAGACCCCCGCCCACCGCCAUGCCCAUCACCGACUCCCUGUGCAGACCCCCGCCCACUGCCACGCCCAUCACCGACUCCCUGUGCAGACCCAUGCCCACCGCCACGCCCAUCACCGACUCCCUGUGCAGACCCCCGCCCACCGCCACGCCCAUCACCGAGUCCUCAUGCAGAGCCCCGCCCACUGCCACGCCCAUUACCGACUCCCUGUGCAGAUCCCUGUCCACCGCCACGCCCAUCAUCGAGUCCUCAUGCAGAGCCCCGCCCACUGCCACGCCCAUCACCGACUCCCUGUGCAGACCCCCUGUGCAGACCACCGCCAUCACCAGCAUGCGUGGCAUCCAUGCCUCCUACGAGGACCCUUGGGUACUACGCAAGUGUAGCCAGUCUUCAACCUCUGGCUGUGGCUCACCUGCCCCUGCCCCACCCUCACAGAGCCCCGCCCCUGCCAUGCCCCCAUGCAGCCCCACCCCUACCACUCCCUCACAGAGCCCCAGCAGCAGUCUGCAAUCUGAGUCUUGGUGCUCCACAGAAUCUCUGGCAGUGAUUGCUGUGGCUACCACUGCCUCCAAUGGUGCGCUGGCCUCCUCUCUCUCCAUUGGCUGCUCCACCCAGCAGGAGCCCAUCGCCCCCGCCCAGGACAGGGCCAAGCCCUCAGUGCCUGAGAGGAGGUCUUCCCUGCCUCUACCACCCUCACCCCCACCACCUCCCUACUGCACCUCCAACACACCUCCUCCACCCCCUACCCCCUUCUUCACCUCCAAUACACUACCCCCACCCCCUCCCUCCUACACCUCCAACUCACCACCCCAACCCCCACCCCCCCCUCUGAAGGCCCUGGAAGAGCCCUGUGAUGCAGAUAAGAGCAUGUGCAGGCAGAGACCCAUCCCACCCCAGCUUGCCACAGCCCGAAUGAAACAGUGGAGCCAUAUGGAGCAGCAGGCCCUGGGGGACAGCUCCAUGCAGAAGGCCCUGGGGGAGAGCUCCAUGCAGCAGGCCCUGGGGGAGAGCUCCAUGCAGCAGGCCCUGGGGGAGAGCCCCAUGCAGCAGGCCCUGGGGGACAGCUCCAUGCAGCAGGCCCUGGGGGAGAGCCCCAUGCAGCAGGCCCUGGGGGACAGCUCCAUGCAGCAGGCCCUGGGGGACAGCUCCAUGCAGCAGGCCCUGGGGGAGAGCCCCAUGCAGCAGGCCCUGGGGGACAGCUCCAUGCAGCAGGCCCUGGGGGAGAGCCCCAUGCAGCAGGCCCUGGGGGAGAGCCCCAUGCAGCAGGCCCUGGGGGAGAGCCCCAUGCAGCAGGCCCUGGGGGAGAGCUCCAUGCAGCAGACCCUGGGGGAGAGCCCCAUGCAGCAGGCCCUGGGGGAGAGCCCCAUGCAGCAGGCCCUGGGGGAGAGCCCCAUGCAGUGGGGCCGUAUGGAGGAGGACAGUGAGUCCAGCAGCUCCACUCCACUGGGCUGCAGUAGGGAGUCGCUCCUCAGCGAGCUCUCCACUGGAGUCCUGGAGGAGCUCCAGUUCCCUGACCUUGCCAUCCAGGAGCAAGAGCUUCCCCCAAAUCUCAGCAGCACUGAAGCAGCCAGAGACGCAGACUUACACAGCAGUGCUACUGGGUCUGUCAGCCCCAACGAGGAAAGGAAUGCUGAUGUGUUUGAAGAGAUGCUGGAGGAGCUUCUUACCCCCAUGCCCCCUUGUACCACUCAGGAACUCUUUGUCGCCAUUCACAGGUCCAAGAGGAAAGUUCUAGGCCGGAGAAAGUCUGAGGAGGAGCAGGUAUGUGGCCAGCCCCCCUCCCUCCCUGCUGCACCCACGGGCCCCUCGCUUCGCAGCCUGCGCAGAUGCACGUCCAGCUGCGCCGGCUUCAAGGUGCUGCUGCUACAGAAGGGCAGUCGCGCAGGCUCCGCCCCCCGUAUGUCUGCUGCAGAGAUGCUCCGCAGCUCCGCCCCCCGGUUCCAGCGCGCCCAAUCCCAGCCUGCUCUGGCCCCACUGGACCGCUGGCCCCCCACACCGCCCCCUGCUGCCCAGAGGAAGUACAGCAGCCGCUGCUGCCUCAUCCAUCAGCACAACAUCCAGCUGAGCCAGAUCCCAGAGUGUAGUACUCUGGAGGACACAUUCCCCCUCUGGAGACACGCCCAUUCUCCCAUCUCAUCUUCUGCUCCCUCUCCCUGCCCACUCCCCCAUGGUGGGGGGAUGGAAAUUGGGGUGCUGGUCUCACUCAUGUCCCAGGGGACCCAGGAUCGGGACUGGCGCACUGGAUUCUGUGAAUUUAUCUGAAUCUGCAUUAUUUUCUGCCAUUGUUUUCUAUCAUUUUAUUGGAUAUAUUCCUGAAGGUGUAAGCAAACCUGUGUUAGGUGCUUUAGUGUUUACUAAAAUCAUUUGUCUUUUCUGUUUCCCCAAUUUCCAAAGUAACACCACAAAACGCUCUAUUUAUAUUUUGGAUGUUGAAAGGGGUUUAAUUAAAAGCAAUAUGUGAGUCACCUAUUAAUGAGAACUUGAGUUGAUAAAGCAAGGGCUAUUACCACUAUUGCAGUAACAGUAACACAGCUUCUGCCCUAUAGAAACACAGCCUCUGCCCUAUAGAAACACAGCCUUUGCCCUAUAGAAAUACAGCCUCUGUCCUUUUGAAACACAGUCUGUGCCCUAUGGAAAUACAGCCUCUGUCCUUUUGAAACAGCCUCUGUCCUAUAGAAGCACAGCCUCUGUCCUAUAGAAACACAGUCUCUACCCUAUAGAAACAGCCUCAGUCCUAUAGAAAUACAGCCUCUGUCCUUUUGAAACACAGUCUCUGCCCUAUGGAAAAACAGCCUCUGUCCUUUUGAAACAGCCUCUGUCCUAUAGAAACACAGCCUCAGUCCUAUACAGCUGCAGUUGUUUCUGUUAAUUCACUGAUCCUGCCUGAUCCAUGGCUUCCACUUUGUUCCCCUCACUUUAGCUUUAGUAAAGAAGAUAUUCUCCAACAGCAUUUUCCAUUACUUAAAUUAUAUGAAUUAUCUUCUUAUUUGAGUGGAUGUUAUGAAGUAUCACAUAAGAGCAAUAGUGAACCACACUGUGCAAUAGUGAAUUACUCUGCAUUAGUGAGCUAGGGUGUGCAGAUGUGAAGUGCACUAUGCAAUAGUGAAUUAUAUUACUCAAUAUUAUAUUAUUCAAUAUUGAAUGUAUUUUCACAUCUCCAAAACUAUUGAUUUAACCAAACUCUAUGUAAUUAAGUUAUGUCUAUAUGCAAAUUUAGCAUGUCAUUUUAAUAAGACUUGUAAGACUUGAUGUUUUUAUUGAUAGUUAUAGAUGCCCAUGUUGUCAAUAGGCAAUCAUUUAUUUCAGAGAUUCAAGAUAAGGUAGAUGCUCUGAGAAUCUUUUAAUGUAUUGACAAGGUUUUUGUGGGGUAUUCUCAGACAGACUUGUAUUAAGAGCCUGUUGUAGGUUUUUUUUAAGAUGCCUGACUUGUUGACUAGUCCCUCCACCCGAUGGGCUGGACAGCAGUGCUCCUAUCGGUCACUCUAGAGGUUAAUUCAUAAAGAAGCCAUUUUCUCAACUGAAAUGGAACUGAAAUUGAAAGAAUAAAAAAACACAAUUAUAAGAAUAAAAAUACUCUGAAAUUCA